CUCAGGUUUCAAGAAUUUUGUUACAGAAAUGGUUUCCGUGAAUCAGCAGCAGUGCCCCAGAAAGUGUUUCCCUUCUUGAGAUUCCAGGGAAGUCUUGGAACACAAAGAACUUGAAGAGGGAGCUCAGCCAAACAGAGAUUUUUGAGACUUGGUAGGCUUUCCAGAGCAGAUUUUUAGCACACAUACAAAUCAAAGUCUGUGUGUUCUGAAAGCAGGAUUUCAUGAUCAAAUUAAGAACUAUCAAGAUUUAAAACACAAAUACCUUGGUAUACUAAGAAGAGCAACAUGGGAGAAACUAAGAAAAGCAUUGAAACCCGUAGUGUAAGAUGUCUUUCCAAGUUGAAGAUGUUUCUGUUGGCGAUAACAUGUGCUUAUGUAUCCAAAACCUUAUCUGGAUCUUAUAUGAAUUCCAUGCUCACACAGAUAGAGAGACAAUUCAAUAUCCCUACAUCUCUAGUUGGAUUUAUUAACGGGAGCUUUGAGAUUGGAAAUCUUUUGUUGAUUAUAUUUGUGAGUUAUUUUGGAACUAAACUGCAUAGACCCAUAAUGAUUGGUGUCGGAUGCCUGGUUAUGGGCCUAGGAUGUUUCUUACAAUCACUUCCUCAUUUCCUCAUGGACCGAUAUGAAUAUGAAUCUACAGUUUCAGUCUCAGGCAAUUUAUCCACAAACAGUUUCUUGUGUACGGAAAAUGGAACCGAGAUAUUCAGACCAACAGAAGAUCCAGCAGAAUGUGUGAAGGAUGUGAAAUCAUUCAUGUGGGUGUAUGUUCUAGUAGGAAAUAUUAUACGUGGAAUUGGUGAAACUCCAGUAAUGCCUCUGGGUCUUUCCUACAUAGAAGAUUUUGCCAAAUCUGAGAAUUCUCCUUUAUAUAUCGGGUUUAUAGAAACAGGAGCUAUAAUUGGCCCUUUGAUUGGACUUCUACUAGCAUCAUUCUGUGCAAAUGUUUAUGUUGACACUGGAUCUGUGAGUACAGAUGAUCUGACCAUCACUCCUACUGAUAGUCGUUGGGUUGGUGCAUGGUGGUUUGGCUUUUUGAUUUGUGCAGGAGUGAAUGUGCUUACAGCCAUUCCUUUUUUCUUUUUACCCAAAACGCUUCCAAAGGAAGGACUAAAGGAAAAUGCUGAAAUCAUUAAAAAUGAUGAUGAAAAGAAGCAAAGAGAGAUCAAGAAGGAAAAGGGUGGAAUCACUAAAGAUUUUUUUCCAUUCAUGAAAAGUCUUUUAUGCAAUCCAAUUUACAUGCUUUUCAUAUUAAUAAGUGUGUUACAGUUCAAUGCAUUUGUUAAUAUGAUUUCCUUUAUGCCUAAAUAUCUGGAACAGCAAUAUGGAAAAUCUGCUUCAGAUGCAAUCUUUCUAAUAGGUAUUUAUAAUUUACCUCCAAUAUGCAUUGGAUACAUAGUUGGUGGCUUAAUUAUGAAGAAGUUCAAGAUAACUGUCAAACAAGCUGCCCACAUAGGAUGUUGGGUAUCUUUAACUGAGUUUCUUCUCUAUUUUUUAAGUUUUCUCAUGAUUUGUGAUAAUUCUUCAGUUGCUGGUAUAACUACCUCUUACAAUGGAAUGCCACAGAAUUUAUAUGUGGAAAAUUCCAUUCUUGCUGACUGCAACAUGUAUUGUAACUGCCCAACUAAAACAUGGGACCCUGUGUGUGGAGAAAAUGGAUUUUCCUACAUGUCAGCUUGUCUUGCUGGUUGUGAGACAUCAGUUGGAACAGGAAUAAACAUGGUGUUCCAAAACUGUAGCUGCAUUAGAACAUCAGGAAACUCAUCUGCAGUUCUUGGACUUUGUGACAAAGGACAGGAAUGUGCCAUGAUGCUUCAAUACUUUUUAAUCUUGUCAGCCAUCAGUAGUUUCAUUUAUUCUUUAGCAGCCAUACCUGGAUACAUGGUUCUCCUAAGAUGUAUCAAGUCUGAAGAAAAAUCACUUGGUGUGGGACUACAUGCAUUUUCUACAAGAGUAUUUGCUGGAAUUCCUGCACCUAUAUAUUUUGGUGCUUUAGUCGAUUCCACAUGUUUACACUGGGGAACUUUGAAAUGUGGCGAGUUAGGUGCAUGCAGGAUUUAUGAUUCCAUCAACUUCAGAUACAUCUACCUCGGACUGCCAGCAGCACUAAGGGGAUCAAGCUAUAUUCCAGCAUUCAUGAUCCUUUUCAUUUUGAGGAAGUAUCACCUCCCUGGUGAAGAGGCCUCUUUGGGAACUGUGCUUGAAGAUGCUGUGGUUUCAGGGAAGGAAAAUGAUAAGCAUCAAAAUUCCAAUGACUGGAAUGAUGAAGAACUGAAAACCAAACUGUAAUGCCCUGAUUAUGUGUCUCAAAGACAGAAAACACAAGACAACACAAGGCAGUUUAAUUGUUUGUAAAAUCAAUAGAGGUACUACAGGUAAUGUGUUCUUGUCUUUAAGAAUGUCAACUUUUUGUUUUACUUGAUUAAAAAAGAAUAUUCACUUUUUGAAACAUCAAUGGAACUUGAGGUUUUUCUGAGGGCUAAAUUAAUGAGCCUCAAAAUAGAAUGUUAGCUUAAUUUUUGUGUGAAACUGCAAUUUC